CGUCAAGUGAGUCGUCCUCUUUGAUGCCACCUGGCGCCUCUAUGAGAUACUAAUAUGCAAGGACAACACUUUGAACAAAAACUCAGUCUAUGCAGCCAGAGGUACAGUGAUCUGCGGAUGGCUUGUCAUGAUGGAUUAUGAGUAAAUGUACUAGUAUCCAAGCAAUAAAGUGGGAGAGAAAAAAUCCAGGACUGGAGAAAAAGGAUGAAGUUAGAUACCCCAUUAUUGCUACUCAGAAUUGUUUAUGUGUAAGCCAUGAUGGCUGUUGUUUCUACAUUGAUAUCACACCUUGCGCUAGAUCAGAUUUUCUUCAGUGGUGAUAUAAAAACAACUACGGUGGCAAUAGCGAUCACAGGAUCAUUGUGUUGUUCCAUCGUAUGGCUUAUUGUGCAUUUGCUGGUCACCAUCAACCCAGAGUCUACUACAUUUAGAGCAAGGCGGAAAAGCAAAGGAGAUUCAGUUGCAUCAUUCCACAUAAAGAGAGCCAGUAGUCUGCAAAAUAGAAAGAAUCUUCAAAAACAAAGUUCAAGUCAAAGGAAACACUUAAGGCAGGUCUUACACCGGGACAGUCUCAGUGUUAUCUGCAUAAGUUGUGGUCUUAAUGAGGCUCACUGGACAUGCCGGCUGGUACUGUGUGAAACUUGCUGCCUUUCCAGUAAAUAUACUACCUGUGACUUGGGGCUGGCAGACAUUGAUGCCAGAGUCAAGGUUAGCAAUCAUGAUGUGAAGAAACCUAAAGAAAUUGACUUAAGUUAUUUUCAACUGACAUCUUGUCCAAGUAGAAUAGGAUAUGUGGGAGCCCAGCUAAGUGUUUUGAAUCUGUCCAACAACUGUUUGUCCGACCUUCCCAAAGAGAUUGGAUUUCUAUUAGGCCUAGAGGAGCUGUACAUACAAUACAAUGGUUUGAAGGAAUUGCCAGACAGCAUUGGCAAUCUGUCCAAGUUAACUGAACUAGACGUGAAACAUAACAGCUUGACAAGUUUACCAGAUUCCAUUGGUAACUUGAGUGGUUUAAACGUGUUAAAUUUAAUGAACAACAAAUUGGUAUCUUUGCCACAAACAAUUGGGCAGCUAACAUCAUUGGAGGUUUUAUAUGCAAGCAACAAUAAUCUAAUAUUCUUGCCAGAAGAGUUAUGUGAUCUUAGCCAAUUGAAUUCUCUGCACCUAUGUGGCAACCAGUCUUUGUCAAUCUUGCCAGAGAACAUGGGGAACCUGGUCCGUCUUGCAGAGUGUGAUGUCUCAGACUGCAACCUCAUUCAUCUUCCCAACUCAUUCUCAAAGUGCAGAGCUCUGGUCAAGGUGUGGUGCAGCAAUAAUAGACUGAUCAGUUUGCCAGAGCACAUAGGACAGCUCCACCAGCUCAGGGAAUUACACAUCAGAGACAACAAUUGCCAGCACCUGCCAGCCUCAAUGGUCCAUCUGGACCUGUAUGUAUUUAGUGCCAUGCACAAUCCACUAUACGAAGAAAACCACAAGGAGAUCAUGCAGACCUCCCAAAAAAUGCUCCAUCCAGCUCCAGUUGCCACCUUGGUGGAAUUGGCUGCCAGGUUUAUCACCAUUAGAAAAAUUCCUUGGGACCAUGAAAACUUACCUGCUAUUUUAAAAGACUUGUUGCUCAGCAGGCGGAAUUGCUCAAUGUGUGAAUGCCCAGUCUUUGAACACUUCUUCUUGGAGCUGAAGUUUCAAACGAUCAGUAUAGCACAGCGAAUUCCAGUACAUACACAAUUGUGUGAACAGUGCUUUCAAGUUGGAAGAAAGAAGACAAAAACUGAUAUCUCUCCAGACUAAUACUAAUAGAAGAUUUAGAGUCUUCUUUUUCUGGUGCUUACAUUUGUGAUGCCCAAGAUCAACUUAUCACUUUUCUUCAUUGGCCUUAAUCAAAACUAUAUUUAGUAACGAGUGAUGCCGUUUGUCAUCAAAUGUUAAUGGGAAAGUUUAUUUUCUUUUCAUGAACUCAUCCAAGGAAACAUAUCGGUUGUACAGUUUAUAUAAAAAUUGACUUGUUGUCUUGUAACCAUUUCACAGUCAUUUCAUAAAUUAAAAGAAUUAGAAUGUUCUUUCUUUACAAUUGAUGCUACAUUUAUUUAUGACAUUGUUGGAAAAACAGAUACAAAGAGUUUGUAUUUAGACGUCUUUCAUUGAUCUGCCAAUAAUUGGUCCAUGAGAUAAACUCAUCUUUUAAACUAAUUUUUUACUAUUAAUGUAAAAGCAGAACCAUUGAAAAUGGUUUCUGGUCUUUGUUAUUAGACGUCUUUCAUUGAUCUACCUAUAAUUGGUCCAAGAGACAAACUCUUUUUUUUACCCUAAUUUUUUACUAUUUAUGUAAAAGCAGAACCAUUGAAUAUUGUUUUUGGUCAUUUUUAAUAGUUAAUUUUCAAUAUUGUAUUUUAUCUCUUCAUGUCAAGGCAGUUCUUUUACAUGUAAUUCUGUGAAUGAUGUAUUGUGCAGGUAAUAAAGUUGAACUUCUUAACAAAUUUUUAUUCAAAUAGUGAAGACAUAAAAUUUGUACAAGUGUCAUCGAGAUUGGUCUGCUUUUUAGACAACAAUGGUCAGAAUGACCGUAAAGUAUAUACAAACACAGUGACUCAUUUUAGUAUAAAGUAAUGACUGUUUAAUCUUUUUAACUUUUUUUUUCAGGAUGUUUGAUUCACCUUCCAUAAUUCAGGGAUGGUUUAAGUGAUGACAAUCACUUUGUAACAAAAUACAAUUAUUAAUUCACA